AUGUCGACGAAACGACCGGAUGCAGUGACACCGUUCGCGCUGGCCACACCGCUGUUCAACAAGCUCGCUGGAAAACGUGUCGUGCUUGCAAGCUCGAGUCCGCGCCGAAAGGACAUCUUGGCUUCCGUCGGUCUGGUACCGGAGAUUGUGCCGAGCACGUUUGAAGAGAACCUGCCCAAGAGCGAGUUCAUCGGCGAAGCUGUUUACGAGUAUCCCGUUCACACGGGAUCCAAGAAGGCGCUCGAGGUGUACGAACGACUGGUGAAAGAGAAUCCAGAGGACCCGCCAGACUUUGUCAUCUCUGCCGACACAGUGGUCGUCAAGGAUGAAGUGAUCAUGGAGAAGCCCACGGACCAACACGACAAUCUGCGUAUGCUCGCCGACUUGAACGGAAGCUCUUGCGAAGUGGUUACGGGUGUUACGGUGAUCUAUCCGGUGAUCGAAGCGCCAGGGUUCCAGAUGAGAUCGCUUUGCGAGAAAACCAUUGUGCGGUUCGCAGACAACCCGUACUACAUGCUGAAAGCCUACGUAGAUUCCAAAGAAGGCCUCGACCGCGCAGGAGGCUUUGCGAUCCAGGGUCGUGGCUCGCUACUCGUGCGAUCGAUCGAAGGCGACUACAACAACGUGGUCGGCUUCCCCCUGUACGCUUUCAGUGCGUACCUGCAUGACCUCCUCGAACACGACGAAUUGGAUAUCGUCGAGGAUUGA